GGAGGGGAGCCGACGCCCCGCCCCGCUUCCUCCCGCUGCCAGGUUCGGCCCGGGGGGGGGCAGCGCGACGGGCGGGGCGGCUGGGAGCGGGUCGGAGCGGAUCAGAGCGGAGCGCUGCGCUGUCACCAUGUUGUGCGGGGGCGCCUCCAAGGCCCAGCCCGCCACCAGCGAGACGCAGCAGAUCGCGGACGAGGUGAAGCCUCAGCUAGAAGAGAAAGAAGGGAAAACCUUUGAUGUCUUCACUGCAGUUGAGUUCAAAACUCAGUUGGUGGCAGGGACAAACUACUUCAUCAAGGUUCAUGUAGGCAAUGAUGAAUUCAUGCACCUGCGGGUGUUCAGAAGCCUUCCUCACGAGGACAAGCCAUUGAGUCUUCAUGGAUAUCAGAGCAGCAAGACCAAGCAUGAUGAACUGACCUAUUUCUAGUAAAUUUAUUUCAUGCACUUUCCUAAUGAUUUCUUUUGUAUAUUUUCUGUAGGCUGUAAAAUGCUGAUUCCUGUGCCAACAAAGAAAACUUUUUUUAAAAAAACUUAAUACUGGAAAGAAAAUCCAUGUUUUUCUUAUUCCAUUCCCUUACUGUGCAAUAUCUAAAUGAAUCACAUAGCUCUCCUUUCACCUUUUGCUUACGCUAACCUGAGUAACUGCACUGAUUGUGGUGCAGCUUAAUACUGUGGUAUGCUUGUGGACUUCCCUGGCCUGGAAAUUGCCAGGGAAUGACACCAGCACUGACAUAUUUGCAGCAAGGAGCAAGAGGAAAACCGGAAUCUUUAUGUGCUGCUUUGCAACUGUGGACAUAUCCAUAUAUUUAAAUUGUAUUAUGUUUUUUAUUGGCAAAGACCUGAGGCAAGAGAGAGAGGCGGGCUGCAGUCUUUUGUAAGAAACAUUCCCUUGGUAGUAAUGCUUAUCCUGUUGCCAGCAAUAGGAUGUAAUGUCCAGUAGAGGAUGUACGAGUUUUGUUGUGUAUAAUUGCUUAUUUUCUGAGUGCUGAGGAAAAGUAAUGGAAAGGAAUUUCAGCUGGACAAGCAUUUCUGCAUUUAUGACAAUAAAUAUUUCUCUCAAAUUUA